AUCUCCAUGAAGAGUCUCUGUUCAUCUCACCUGUCUCAAGCUAAUUGUAGAGCCACUUGAUGAACAGUUUGCGAUCGAUCUCCCACUUGAUGGCACUCACAAGCAUCAAGCAAACCUCCCUCUACCUAUUAAUCCCCAUGCAUGCAUGAAGCCGUUUAGUAGGGGGCUUGCUCUUUCCCUCCGCCGCAGGAAAACUAGCACGACCACAAGACACCCACCUUCCUCGUAUCCAUUUCCCUCGCCAUCUCCAAAGGUCACUGUUCCUCCGUUACCCCCCUAAAGAAGGAUAUGGCUGAUGGCCUGCAAAGCUCGGGUGGCUGCAAGAGCACCGCGACAGUGCGGCCACCGGAGAAAGGCCUCAAGUGCCCGCGGUGUGACUCUUCGAACACCAAAUUCUGCUACUACAACAACUACAGCCUGUCCCAACCGCGGCACUUCUGCAGGACCUGUCGAAGGUACUGGACCAAAGGCGGCGCACUCCGGAACGUGCCCGUGGGUGGCGGCUGCCGCAAGAACAAUAAGUCCAAGUCUCCGGCGUCGUCCUUCCUUCCGUUGGAUUCCUUCUCCGGAGUUCCUGAAAUAGGCAGUAGCCUCAAAUUCCUCGAUGGAGUGCCCACGUCGACGGCCAUGGAUUUCCACAUAGGUCUGCCCCCUGUCUCAAGGCUCCAGUACGCUCCAGCUGCACCAGGGGUCUUCAGCAGCAACCAGUUCAUCACCUUCAGGGACAUAUCACACAGUGCAACAUUCUCUUCUGCUGCCACUCCUGCUGUGGGUGCGUAUAAUGAAAUCGGCGGUAAUUCAUCCUCUGCUGCUAACAGCGGUAACAUUGUUUCAUCCGUCGAAUCCCUGAGCUCCAUCAACAAUGACCUCCAUUGGAAGCUUCAGCAGCAGAGGCUGGACAUGCUCCUUGGAGGAGAAGCCCAUAAAGAGAGUCGCAUUUACGGUCCGGACCAGCAGAAGCUUAACUCUUCUAGGGUAGCAGAGAGACCUACAGAUGAUGUUUGUGAGGGCAGUGGAUCAUCAAAUGCUUACGUUAGUACAUGGUUCCUGGAGAGCUCUUACGCCAUGCCUCCUUCAACCAGUAUAAUUAACUGCAGCACCAACAGUAGUACCAAAAACAACUGCAACAUCAACGCAAGCUAUUGGGAUGGAAUCCCAGCAUGGAGUGACAUGCCACAGUUCACCACAAUGCCAUAGAAACAAAAAAGGCCAGAAAUAUUAGGUCUCUGAGGUCAUGGGUAAUCGUUUGCAGUCAAGCAAUUAGAGAGCUCAGAAGGUUACAACUAUUUUUUGCUGUCUUCUUCUGACAAACAUUCUAAGCUUCUACUUUCCUUCCUUGUUCCAUUUCGAUAGCUAUGAUUAGGUCAAGAUAUAUAUAUAGCUGAAGUUGAUGUGUUGUCA